UUCGGGGAUGGCAAUGAGCAACGCUUUAGUGCUCGAGCGAGGGCCGCGUUGAGCACAAUACCGGCCAGGAGCGAGCGAGAGAGGGAGGGAGCGAGCGCAGCCAAGGAGACCACAGAAACACUCGUCCCCCCCGAUUCCAAAUCCCGAACUCCGAAAAGAGGGACGAGAACACAAGCGUGCACAAAAGCAUUCUUGCCUUUCACUUUUAAGGAGGAAAACACAAAAGGCCCGCGCGGCAAGAUCAUUUACUUCAAAUUGGAGGAGAAAGGCGUGACAGGACGGCACGGCUCCGGGUUUAGCACACUUGAAAACUCAUCCACUGCAUGAAUGAUAGCGACAUCUGGGAGGAGAAGAGCGCACAUUAAGGAUGGGAGCCACUAUGAGGAUCACAUGUCUGCUGUUUUCACUCAGUCUUCUAUGUCACAAAACACGCUCAGAGAACUCGACUGCAGCUACCGGAGUCACCGUGGCGAAGGACCCCGCCACACAAGGGAUGACUGCUUUGCCCACCAAAGCACCUACUGUCGCCAGCAUAUCUACAAUCCAGGCUGUAGUGGAGCCCGUUACUAACAAACCACAAACUGUCGCGCCGACAAGUGGCGACGCAGGGAGGGUGACGCAGGCCCCGACGGUUUUACCACCUGUCACCUUACCUCCCGCCGUAACGGCGCCCACUGUCAGGGUAACGCCAGCCCCCACCCAACCGCAUCGGCCGCAAACGGACAGCCCAAUUAAUGCUGCCGCCUCCAGUGCGCCACCUACUCUUAAGAGUGCUACCCUCACCCCGAUGAUCACAGCCAGACCAUCCAAAACCAUCCUCAGAGUGGCGACAAUAGGCACCACACAAGUCCCAAGCAAAAAAAACGAUGACAUCACUACGGUCAAACCGACGGUCAAAGCGGCCACAGACGCAACCACGGCGAACCAUCAGCCCGCCACGCACACCACCGUCAUCCUCAAGACGACUCAACGGGAGAUCCAAUUGGCCCAAACCACUGCAACAAGCUCCCAACAGACAACGCCUUCAGGGACCACCAAACCGGCUGUGAGGGAUGAGACCACUGCGGGGUCCCCGAUCCUGGCCACAACUAACCCCUCCGCGGUUGUGACCACAAGUGCGACCCCUGGUGCCACGUCCCCGAAAAUAACCACCACGACCACAACAACCGUAGCUUAUCCAAAGAAGUUUUCGUACUCGCUGAACAACGGACAAGAGAAGGAGGAGGAGGAGAAAGAUCUGGUGGAGGUGUGCAGGCGCCUCAUGGGCAACCUGAAGGAUGGAAACUGCACGCUGACGUGGCGCCACCAUAAAGGCAAACUGCUGUUCGACUGUGUGGAGAUCAACGGCAAAGUGAAAACAGCGCUGGCAACUCAGUAUUAUGAAGAAAUAACAAAGAAACCGACCGAUAACAAAACCCUGAUCGCCAUCUUGGCCUCGUGUGGCGCUCUGCUGAUUAUGAUCAUCAUCCUGGCCGUGUGCGCGUCCCACCACCGCAAGCCUUACAGCGAGAACCAGCAACACCUGACCGAGGAGCUGCACACGGUGGAGAACGGUUACCACGACAACCCCACGCUGGAGGUGAUGGAGGUGCAGCCCGAGAUGCAGGAGAAGAAGGUGGCCCUCAACGGCGAGUUCAACGACAGCUGGAUCGUGCCCAUGGAAAACCUGCUCAAAGAGGACGUCGCCGACGAGGAGGACACGCACCUGUAGGGAGUGCAAGCCUGGCACAGAUUAAACACCUUUUUGACCCCCCGAUAAAACGGGACUGUGGAGUGGGCAUCCAUACUGAACUGCUACGACACCUGACGUCAACAUAACACAAUUUAGGUUACGCACCGUGCCUUUACGAAGGGGUUUAUAUAAAUGUUCACUAUAUGCUUUUUGUACACAUAGCUUUUUAUAUCCCAGAGUUCAGAGACAGUAAGCUAUUAAUAAUUACAUCUAAAUGGGAUCGACAAGUCAAAUAAUACAGUGGUGCCUUGAGAUAUGAGUGAUCCGACUUAGCUCAAUGCUAACAAACAGUUCAAAACCCCAUAAACGGGGUAACGAGUAGCAUCAAAGUCGUAGUGCUGAACCUGCAACGCACAAAAAGUGGGCCAACAUGUUGACAGAUACCAUAACAAUACGCACAGGCAUAUAUUCUUUAUCUUCUGCGAACGACGACAAUUGUACUGCGGCUUACUGAGGAGCGACCUUCUCCUUCUGUAAUAUACUGCCCCCGGGUGACUAAGGCAGGUACACCAGAAGCAGCUGCAAAAUUUUCAUUGAGUUGAAGCAAAAAAAUAAAUAAAAAUAAUACGAAUACAAAUUGGGCAAAACUUUAUAAUUCUUUAUAUUCUAUUUAAGUAUGGCAUUACAGUUUUUAUAGUUGUAGUUUCCUUAUUAAACACACUUUAUAAAUUCUUGUUUUUUGGUGUUGCUGGAAAAAUGCUAUUUUUAAUUCAUUUUAAUGGGGAAAAAUGAUUUGCGAUAUGAGUAUUUGAAGUUACAAACAGUCACGUAACGAAUUAAACUCUUAUCUCAAAGCACCACAUCAUAUUUAGUCUGAUGAGAAUCUGGCACUUAAACCCUGUAUACAAUUUUUACAAUACAACUAAAAGCUUCUUAUUGCCAAACACUGUAAAUAUUCUUUUUAUUACUAUCUUUGUUGAUGCUGGACGGCUCGAAUUCUUUUUGACCCGAGUAUUUGUAUUCAAAUGGUUUACUUCCACUUUAAAUCAAUUCAUAAAUGUAUCUCAACCUCAAAAUGCAGCAAUUCACUACUGUUUAGUGAAUAGCGAAAAACCGCGAGUAAGGGACACCACAGCAUACUUCCCUGAUGCUUUCCUAUUUAGACAGGACCUUGGUGCCCUCUUGUGGGCGUUUUAGAAACAGCACACAAACCAUGACAAGAGGAAUUUUUCAGAAAAGAAAAAAAAAAAACAGGUGAAUUUGUGAAGAGUUAUUACUGUGUGUUAAUUCAUCAAUUUCAAGCUGCCGUUUUUGUGUUUUCUGUUUCACCAAAGUAUGUUCUUAGUAUUUGUACUAUUUGUAUUUAUGGUUAGUUUGCUGAUAGAAGUGAACAACAGGGGUCUGACACACUGGAAAGUUGUAAAUUGUCACAAUAUUUUGCAAAUAAAGCUUUUUUUCCCCA